AUGUCUUCCGAAUUAGUUCGACAAGCGCUGGCAUUUGUAGAUCCGGACGAGAGCAACAUCAAGUCAAAAAAGAAGAAGCGUAAUAAUUCACAAGGCGAUUUAAAUACAGUAAAUCCUUUUAAGAAUAGAAGUAAGAAGAAACAGAAAAUCAUUAAAAAAUCUAAAGAAGAAUUAGCUGAGGAAAACAUAAAGAAACUUUUAUCACUCUCUACACCGACGGAAGCUGCUAACUUAGAUAAGAUAAUUAAGAGAGCAGUAAAAGGCAAACCGCUCGAAGAAAAGACCGACAUAAAAGUUGGACAAGAAAAAUCAAUUUUGUUCCCUGAAGAAUCUUUCGGAGACUUUGAAAAGACUUACUUCUGUAGUUAA